CGGUAUUAGGAUUAUCAACAAUUGAUGAGGAAAUAUCAGGAGGCAUAACACCGAGUGAGGAAGAAAGUAAUUCUACUGAAAAAAAGAAAAAAAAAGGCGAUUUAAAUGAUUUAAGGGACCAACCGAUAGCGAAGAAAAAGCCACCAGAAUCGUAUCCGAUAUCGGACAUUAGCCUAUCUCAGCCCAUCUUGGUAGCCAGCGAGAAUCUUAGACAACAACGGUCCAAAAUAACCGGAGAAAUGGUAAACGAACCGCUAUUAUUAGAAGAAGAUACACAAACAUCAACGAUGGAUGGAAAUGUCAAUAUACCACAAAUAUUGUUAACAACAUAUUCGGAAGGGCAAGAAUCGAGUGAUUUGGAGGAAGGAUCAUCGUCUUCGGAUUUGGAUUCAUUCGCCGUAUAUAUGGUUCAACGUAUGAAGGAUAUGUUGAAUGAGAACGACAUGAAUAAGAUUGUCGAGGAUCAAAAUCAACUUCGACAAUCUUUAGAAUCCUCGGCAUCUUCGCUGACCACGUUCAACGAAUUUAGCGCAUCGAAAUAUGAUGACCUCGCUAGAAAAUUUGA